GCCCGAGUCGCAGUGGGCGAACGGCUACGGAGUGUAGUUGGCGGUCGCCGUUGUGUGCGAGGGAGAGGGAGAAGGGCCGCCGCCGCCGCCGCUGCGGGAGGAGGAGGAGGAGGAGGAGGCCUUCCCUCCCUCCCGCCAUGUCGCUGCACGGGAAGCGCAAGGAGAUCUACAAGUACGAGGCGCCAUGGACCGUCUACGCCAUGAACUGGAGCGUCAGGCCCGACAAGCGCUUCAGGCUGGCGCUCGGCAGCUUCGUGGAGGAAUACAACAAUAAAGUCCAACUUGUUGGAUUGGAUGAAGAAAGCUCAGAGUUCAUGUGCAGGAAUACCUUUGAUCAUCCAUAUCCCACUACCAAGCUCAUGUGGAUCCCAGAUACCAAAGGAGUUUAUCCAGACCUUUUGGCAACCAGUGGUGACUACUUGCGCGUAUGGAGAGUGGGUGAAACAGAGACGAGACUAGAGUGUUUGUUGAACAACAAUAAGAAUUCUGACUUCUGUGCUCCAUUGACAUCCUUUGAUUGGAAUGAGGUUGAUCCCUAUCUACUGGGUACCUCUAGUAUCGACACAACAUGCACCAUCUGGGGUUUGGAGACUGGUCAGGUCUUGGGAAGAGUGAAUUUGGUAUCAGGCCAUGUCAAGACCCAGCUGAUUGCUCAUGAUAAAGAGGUAUAUGAUAUUGCAUUCAGCCGUGCAGGAGGUGGGAGAGACAUGUUUGCAUCUGUUGGUGCUGAUGGCUCAGUAAGAAUGUUUGACCUGCGUCACUUGGAACACAGCACUAUUAUCUACGAAGAUCCCCAGCACCAUCCUUUGCUCCGCCUUUGCUGGAAUAAGCAGGACCCCAAUUAUCUUGCAACAAUGGCAAUGGAUGGCAUGGAGGUUGUGAUUCUGGAUGUCAGAGUUCCUUGUACACCUGUUGCUAGACUGAACAACCACAGAGCAUGUGUGAAUGGCAUUGCUUGGGCACCACACUCUUCUUGUCAUAUCUGCACAGCAGCGGAUGACCAUCAAGCACUUAUUUGGGAUAUCCAGCAAAUGCCUCGUGCCAUUGAGGACCCAAUUUUGGCUUACACAGCAGAAGGAGAAAUCAACAAUGUACAGUGGGCAUCCACUCAGCCGGACUGGAUAGCUAUCUGUUACAACAACUGUCUGGAAAUCUUGAGAGUUUAAAAACAUGUGAGCCACAUGAAAAAAUGGAGCAAGAUUAUAGUCUUUCCUCUCUUCUAAAGUUCAGAACAAAACUGUGUUGAGACAGUGUCACUACUUCUUUUCAACUUGUUCUAGGAAGACUCACAACUGGAGUUGAUGGGUAUAUUUUACUAAGUUCUCCCUUUUUCUCUCCCCUACCCUACCCUCCCCUCCCCCCCUGCCCCAAUGAUUUAAAAAUUGCAGGGAUAUGCUGAGCCUUUUUGAUCUUUGGGGAUUUUAUUAUUGCUUUCCAUUAAAGUUGUGUAUAUAUGACA